AUGCCCUCUCAAUUCGAAGUCAAAGGCAAAGUUAUCGCCAUCACCGGUGGAGGUGGCGUAGGCAUAGGAUAUGCAGCUGCCGAGUUACUGGUCUCCCAAGGCGCGAAGGUCUCCAUCGCGGACAUCUCGGACAAGACUUUGCAGGAAGCAGAAAGCAAGCUCAAAGCGGCAUCCCCCUCAGGAGAGUACAUGACGGCUGUUGUUGAUGUCCGCAAACCAGAGCAGGUAGAUGACUGGAUUAGACGAACGGUCGAGAAGUUCGGAAAGCUGGAUGGAGCUGUCAAUAUGGCUGGUGUGAUUCCGAAGAACAUCAAUAUCGAUCGCGUCGAAGAUAUGCCGGAUGCGGAUUGGCAGUUUGUAAUUGAUGUGAAUCUGAAUGGUGUAAUGCACUGCAUGCGCGCCCAGAUCAAGAACAUGAACGAGAAAGGCAGCAUCGUGAACGCAUCGAGCGUAGCAGGCAUCAGAGGCUUCGCGAAGAAUGCUGCGUACACUGCGGCGAAGGCGAGUUAUCCAUACUCACUCAUCGUUCAUGUGCUGACGAGCGAUAGCACGGAGUGA